AAUAAAAUAAUAUAAUAUAAUAUAUAUAUUAUAUAAUAAUGAAAACAAUAAAAAUUCAGGACGUAGAAAAUUUGGGAAUACAAUUAGGUUUCACUUUCGGAGGUAGAAAUUUCCAUAAUGUAUCAUUGGGUCAAGGUCAAGAACCCAUAGCUGAAGAAGCAUUAGAAUUAUCGGCUCACGAAGGUCAUUGGGUAAUUUUACAAAAUAUCCAUCUUGUGAAGAAAUGGUUACCUGAUCUGGAAAAAAAAAUGGAACAAUGUGCAGAGAGUCCCCAUGAUGAUUAUCGAUUGUUUAUUAGCGCGGAACCAAGUGCAGAUCCUCACGAAUCAAUAAUACCUCAAGGUAUAUUGGAAUCGGCCAUAAAAAUUACGAACGAACCACCAUCAGGAAUUCAAGCGAAUAUUCACAAAGCGUUGGAUAAUUUCACUCAGGAAACUCUGGAGUCUUGUAGCAAGGAAACUGAAUUCAAAGCUAUAUUAUUUGCACUUUGUUAUUAUCAUGCCGUAGUUGCAGAACGUAGAAAAUUUGGAGCACAAGGAUGGAACAGAUCUUAUCCAUUCAAUUUUGGGGAUUUAACGAUUAGCGUAUCCGUUCUAUUUAAUUAUUUGGAGAAUAGUAUUAAAGUACCUUGGGAAGAUCUUCGUUAUUUAUUUGGAGAAAUAAUGUAUGGCGGCCAUAUAACAGAUGAUUGGGAUAGAAGACUAUGUAAAACAUAUUUAAUAGAAUAUCUAAAACCAGAAUUAGUUGAAGGCGAAUUAUAUCUCGCACCAGAUUUUUUAGUACCACCAAGUCUUGAUUAUCAUGGAUAUCAUGAAUAUGUCUAUAAUUUUUUACCAUCUGAGAGCCCUGUUCUUUAUGGACUUCAUCCUAAUGCGGAAAUUGGAUUUUUAACAUCAACUGCGGAAAAUUUAUUUAAAACAUUAUUGGGUAUGUUAACGAGAACCGUCAGUGAUACAACAGUCGGAGAAAUUUCAAGAGAAGAAAAAAUGAAAGGACUUAUAGAAGAUUUAUUAGAUAAACUACCAGAAGAAUUUAAUAUGCUAGAACUUUACGGCAAGGUGGAAGAUCGCACACCGUUUGUUACUGUUGCCUUACAAGAAUGCGAACGAAUGAAUGUAUUAUGUGAAGAACUUAAAAGAUCUCUGCACGAGUUAGAUUUAGGUUUGAAGGGAGAAUUAACGAUCAAUCCUGAAAUGGAAAUUUUGCAAAAUUAUAUAGUUAUGGAUGCUAUUCCUCCAUCUUGGGAGAAAAAAGCUUAUCCUUCAGAAUUAGGAUUAAAUAGUUGGUUUGCAGAUUUGUUGAAUCGAAUAAGUGAAUUGUCUAAUUGGACUGCCGAUUUUAAUUUACCAUCAUCAAUAUGGCUAGGAGGUUUUUUCAAUCCUCAGUCAUUGCUUACUGCAAUUAUGCAACAAACUGCACGCAAAAAUGAAUGGCCAUUAGACAAAAUGUGUUUAUAUUGUGAAGUAUUGAGAAAAUACAAAGAGGAAAUUAUAUCAGCACCAAGAGAAGGUGCAUAUAUUAAUGGAUUAUAUAUGGAAGGUGCACGAUGGGAUAUGCAAGCAGGAUGUAUUAUGGAUUCUCGAUUUAAAGAAUUAUUUCCAUUAUUACCAAUAGUGUAUAUUAGAGCUAUUACACAAGAUAAACAAGAUUUAAAAAAUAUGUACGAGUGUCCCGUAUAUAAAACACGAUCACGAGGUCCAACUUAUGUAUGGACAUUUAAUUUAAGAACUAAAGAGAGGGCCAGUAAAUGGAUUCUUGGAGGUGUGGCAAUUUUAUUACAAGUUUAGUUGUAUUUAUGAAAUAAAUGUACAAUUAAAAAAUAAA